AGCGCUUUGUCAGUCGUUUCAGUGACGGGUUCAGGUGCGGCAGUUGCGCGCGCCAUCGGCCAGCGCUCAUUAAACGGUCAGAGGUGGCCACGCUACGUGCCACGCUCUUCCAUACGCGCGGCAUAUCUCUCAUCCAAAUUUCAAUUGCUACAGCGCCAAGCAUUGAUUAGGCACAGAGUUUGCAUGAUUCAACGUUAGUCACAACACACAGAAACCCACAAAUUGAACUUAAUUCAUCUAUGCGUAAGCAAACAAACUGCUAAAAGUAAAAGUGUACGUGUGUGUGUGUCGAUAAGCUGUGCGUGUGUGUAUCCACUGGGCGCUAUUAUACAAGCACUAAACGUUAUAAUUAGCGCCCAUCGUCAUGAAGCUGCUGCUGAAAGUACAUUCCGAGGCGCGUAAUCGUCGCACACCCGAACGCAACUAUACAGCGCCUCCAGCGCCAAGAAUCAACAGCAACAGUCGCAGCAGCAACAGCUCGAACAGCAGCGAAGGGACCGGCGGGAAGCGCAGACGUGGCAGCUCGAAGGCGCGACGCUUUACACGCAACUCAAUACUGUUGAGCCUGCUCGUUGUUUUGGUUGUGGCGAUGGCCAUUGUCAUUGUGUACUUGGAGCUGAGCCGCACGCGCAACGAGCUGGCACAGAAGUCCAUUUACUUUGGCAACACCUACGAGGACGGCACGUUUCCGAAUUUAGGAAACGGUCAUCUGGUCAUCGAGCGUGUGCAGUGGGGCGCCUCCGAGCGCACCAAGGAGCUGAAGGUGGCGCUGCCGCAACCCAUACCCUAUGUGCUAAUCACGCAUGUGGGCGUCCAGUCGACACCCUGCUUCAAUCUGUACAAGUGCUCAAUCAAAAUGCGCACCAUACAGGACUCGGCGAUAGCGGAGAAGAGCCUGCCGGAUAUACAGUCGAAUUUUUACGUCUCCGAUGAGGGCAACAUUUAUGUGGGUCGCGGCUGGGACUGGGCCAACACGUAUGCGAAUCACACACUCGCCAUCACAUUUAUGGGCGACUAUGGCCGCUAUGUGCCCACACCCAAGCAGCUGGAGGGUGUGCAAUUCCUGCUGGCCCAUGCAGUAGCCAAUCGCAAAUUGGAUUUAGACUACAAGCUGGUCGCACAAAAUCAGACCAAAGUGACAAAGAGCCCUGGCGUGAAUGUCUACCGUGAGAUUAGCAAAUGGCCGCAUUUCUACGGCUGCAGCGUGGACGAAGCGCCCAAGUGCGGCAGCGAGCUGGGCAUGACAAAUGCCGCCUGGAAUGGUAGCCAAUAACUAUGUAGACUUUAAGCGCACAGUUAGCUUUAAAAAUACACGAACACAUACAUAUACAUAUACACAUACACAUUCACAUACACGUUGUUGCAUACAAGUAAACCAAAUGAUACUUUAAAACAAAAACAACAGUUUAAGCUUGGACCAAAUGCAAAAUCUUCA